AUGUCAGAAAUCGAUCUAAAUAUAGAGGACGACUCCCUCUGUCAGACUUGCAGUUCAAAUAUAAAUCAAGGCAGCUGUACUCUGUUUCACGAAUGGUUAAAGAGUAUGUCUCUUGGCAACAAGCAUUCAUUGUUUUUGAUCAGGGGCAUCACUCAGAUCAGUCUUAUUGAGGACGUCAGUCAUGAAGAUGCAGGGGAUCUUGCAUUAACCGACAUUCAGUUUCGACGACUGCUUCGUGUGUAUACAAAUUACAAAGCAGAGCAAGCGAAGUGUUUGGAGAAAGAGAAAGCAAAGCCGAACCCCCCACAAUCAACAUACAGAACAUCAAGUGCUUUGAUGAUAGUUUCAUUGCCCAAGGGGAUGAAGAAUUUCUUUCACACCAGGGAUGGACAAGGUAACAUGGUUGUCAGUACCGAGGUGCUGAAAGGGAAGUUCAACAAUUUAUAUUUUGAACAACCUCUCAAUCCAAGUCAGAUUUUCAGCAACUUGUUUAUCCUGACUAUGGCCAGUGAACGCUUUAAGCACUCAAAGACGCUCAGGGAAUGUGAACUUUGGUGCCGCAAAGAGUGGAAAACACAAAUACAGCUUUUAAUGUGCCUAGCUAGAAGUCCAACUAUUGAUGCAUCGUCUUCGACACAGUAUUAUUUGAGGUGCAGCAUCCAUGGUUUACUAAACAGAGCAGCCAACGGUACCCAGAGGUGGCAGUGUUAUUACAGCAAGAGUCAGAACCAAAGAAGGCCCUGUGCGAUCCUCUGUGCAAAGCUAUGGAAAGCUGUCAAAAUGCCUUGGGACUUGCCCAGGAAAAGAUGGCCUUGUGCAGAAAAGAAAUUGACAGUACCCUAAAAUGCAUUGGAGGUGGAGAAGAAGUCAUAAUUGAAGGUUUGUUCAAAAUCAGCACUGGUGUCAAGGUGUAUUGUCAUCACCCGGCCAGGGGAUUAGGAAGCAAAGAAAAGUUGGAGGGCACUUCAUCAUAUUAA